CGGGACGUCACACUAUACUGUGUCUAUACUAUGGCCCAGCACCGGCAGCCGGCAGCCGGCAUCCGGUCCGGCAGUGCGCAUUUAGCUGCAAGGAGUGUGAGAUUAUCCGAUUGCAAAUAAAAUCACACGUGGUGAUCGCUAACGCUUUCGGCAAUUUCGAGUUGACGAUUUGCUAGUACAUACGCGCCCGAUAUUUUUCCGUCUCUUUUUGGCCCUGGGUAUCUUGGUCUUGGGACUUGGUCUUAGAACGUUAGUCGCGACAUAUAACUGGGAAACCGCAUACGAGGGAAAGACCACGUACCCACUUACCAUAAUUCCUCAACGACAACAAUGUCUAGUAAGAAAACCAAGUCUAGGAAGAAGACGACGGCCGCCGCGUCCUCCGCGAUAACUGCUGCAUCCUCCGCGACAACCGUCCUGUCCGCGAUAACUACUGCAUUCUCCGCGACAACCGUUCCGUCCGCGAUAACCACCGCCUCAUCGUCGUGGAUUAUUCAAUCGCCGCCGAGCACGUUGACGCCGAUCCGGCCAGGCAGCCCGCUCAACCUCAACAAUCGUCCGCCAUCUUACAUCGAGACGAUGCGUUAUCUCGAGUCGAACUCCCGGUUGAAGCGGGCGGUACAAACCACCCAGGAGACCUUCACUCGAGAGAUGCCCAACAUCGAGGCCGUACUCUCUCACAAGCAGAAGCUGCUCGAUGAGGUGGACACGGAACGCGUCAAGUUCGAGCUCGAUAUCAAACGCUUGCAGGAUGAUAACGAAGAUCUCAAGAGCAACGUUUGUUUUGUAAAGAUUUAUUCACCGAUGCUUCGAGUAGACUAGAAAAAUCCGCCAUCAAAACUACGACGGAAAUUGAAAAGUUCAUAGCUUUCGCUGAGCGUGCAACGAUAAUCGCGAGAGACAAUCGCGCGCGCGACGACACUCCUGAGGAAUUUCGGGAUCCAUUGAUGGACACUCUUAUAGAGGAUCCAGUCAAGCUACCAUCUGGUAUUGUUAUGGACAAAGCAAUUGUCAUUACACAUUUAUUCAACAGUGUCACGGAUUCUUUCAGUCGGCAGCCGCUUAACGAGUAAGUACAUGUUCAUAUUUUUCUCUUUAUUUGAUUAGAUGUUAAAGAACUUGUGGCUAUUGAGUAGCUGCGUAUUUUGUCGUCGCGUGUAAUUGUCGGUUCCGUAACAUUUCUUUUGUGCUCGCUAUCUUUUUACGUGGUGCGGCCUUCCGUAUCUGGCGCCCAACUCGGUUUCUUUUAUUGUAAAUUCGAUUUCCGGGAUCACGGAAUCGAUAGUCCAGCCACGCGCGGAAUGUGCCGUGGGCAACGAAGAACCGCCCGCCAAUCAACGAUAUUAUUAAUAAUUAGAAAAUUAAAUACAUACACAAUAUAUAAUAUAUAUUAUAUAUAUACAAGUUUCAAAGUUUUCGAAACAAUUUAUUUUACGCUUGAUCGCUUUUACGCUGAUCUUAUAGAAAUUAUUCUGAAACGUUCUUUCGUUUCUUAUGCUUUCCCUAUGUCGAAACAAUUUCUGGAGACUCACUAUUUGUUACUACUACGACUACUAUUAUUUUACUCUUUAUUUUCUUUAAACAGUGCAUUUUCGUUUGACGCCUUCAAAAGUACGUGGAUUAAAUGGAGUUGCUAUAGACGCUGUGUUCGCCAAUUGCAUAGGUUUUCACUCUGAAAAUUAAUGUAAACAUAAAUUAAUGUCAAUAGCAGAUUUCGAAUUCGACUAAACGAAACAAUUUAAAAUACUAAUAGUGAAAGAUUAAGAGUUUAAUAAAAAUUAAAGUAUAUUGUGUCCAAUAAAAGAUUCUAAAUCUAAUAACAAAUAAGGAAUGAAAGAGCUUUAGAUUGCUAUUCUAUACAUAGCUAUCGAUAGUCAUAGGUUCUGUAAGUGUCUUUGGAUAUGUUUUUUGAUAUAUCAGAAUUUACAGAUAUCGGUAACCGUGUAUAGAACAGCGCCCUGAAAUUUGCCAUUCCAAUUUGACUCAUUCCCUUCAUGAGACGUCUUUUCUGAUGACUCUUCGAUGUUUGUGAGAGUAUUUAUUUCUUUUUGCAAACUGUCGAUUUUAUCCGUCAAUUUUCUUCCAAUCUCCUUUUCAGUCGCUUUCCACGAUGAUUGAAGUUCAAUAAAAAAAAAUAUUAACAUGAAACUCACUUUUGAAAAUGAGAAACUUCCCUCACAGCACAUCAACAUCCCAAUAACGUUAUAAUCACCUUAAAUUGUAAGAUGGUAACAUUCCACAGAGAUUAAUAAAUCUGCUAUUAACCUCCCAGCAACAUGAAAAUGUUCGUCCAAACUCAUUCCAUUAACAUCCCAGAGAUCUUGCGGGUAAUGUUGUAUUAAUAUUUAUGAAACAUGCCAGAAAUCUUAUCCUAAUAUUAUUU